UCCAGCCCUCAUCUGCUGGCUCCGCAGCGCCCGGCGGAAGUCAGCUCCACCCAGUCACCUGAUCCUGCGGGCCUCUGCUCUCCAGUCUGUUUUCGGAAGAUGGUUCUUGGAGUGCUGGUAAAGUGAAAAUAAGGUGCCACUUCAUCUGCGUGAUCGAAGGAAGGUCAACAAUGGCCUCUGUGAGGAAGGUCACGGACAAGCGGCACAACCCAGUGGAAAGCAUUUGUAGAAAAAUUAGAGCCAUCCAAAAGAGAGAAGAGAUUUCAGAUCCAGUUCGACAGAUUCUCAAAUACCAAUCUAGCCGUUUUGAUAGUCCACAGAUUAACACCAAGGAAGAUUUUGAAGCGGUACUGAAGAACAUGGCGGCCACUCCCGUUCCCUCACCCAGCACUUUUUUCUUACGUACCGGGAAAGACGAUGCCAUCAUUACAUCUCCUCAAAUAAUGUCUCCAAGAACCCUAUCCAUUUCUCAUCUCAGCUCUCCCGAGAGUGCAGCAUACCCUGUUCCUCUCACAAGUCCUGAAAACCUCUCACGGCCAAGAUCACAGAGCUUUCACAAUGACACAUCAUGGAUAUCAAAGACCAGGAAUGGGGAGCACUUCUCUAACAAGGAUUUGAAUAACUAUUGUAGUGAAAAUAAUUUUAGUGCCUCAGCACUUGACUUUGAUUCAACCUCUGAUAAAAACUCUGAAUAUUUUACUCCUCAGGAAUCAGUGGUGAAAAAAUUAUCUCUAAAUGAAGCUGGUUCAGUUGGAGUUGACAAAAUAAUAGAUUUCCUGAGACAAGCAAGUAGUCAAAAUUCUGAAGACAGUGGACUUGAGGAGGUAUGGAACAUACUUAAGCCUGAAAAGAGAGACCUGCAUGUGGACCUGGAAAUUCUUUGUGCUGUCAUGAAAGAAUGGAUGGCUUGCUGUAGAAACAAACGGGAAAGAUUGAGUGGUGGAUCAAGUGGCAGGAUUGAUGAUUCUGCUUUUGAACAGGACAGCAUGAAAUCACGUAGAGCAAUUAAGAUGACCACAGAUAAAACAGAAUCUACGUCAUGGAGCUUCGAGGCUUUGGGUGGAGAUAUGUCUAAAGGAGUCUUAGAGGUGUCUGAUUUGAUUACCUAUGUAGCAGACCUGCAUUUUAACAAGCAGAAAUUGGAGGAGGAAAAUAAUAAGUUUAAAUUGGCAUUAGAAACCUUGGAAGAAGCUAACUGCCAGUUAUCAGAGGAUUGUACGGAUUUGCGCCAUCAGAUAAAAAGUGCCCACCAAGCUAUUAUGGGAACAAAUCUGUUAAAAGAAGAACUGGAGGAACUGAAAAUUAGUAUGAAUGCUUCUGAAGAGCAGAAGACCAUGAUUGUAGCCCAGAACAGACAAUUAGAGACAGAAAACCGGGCUCUGAUUCUUCAAAUUCGGAGUCUCCAAGAAGAGAAUACUAAGAACAUUGUGGAUAUAUAUACAUUGGAAAAGAAGAUUGAAGAAUUGUUUAAAACUGAGACAGAGCACCAAAUGCAGUUACAUACAUAUGAGAACACUUUGCUUAAAAAAGAUGCAAGUUUGCAGAAGAAGGAUUUAAGUAUAGAAGAACUUAAGUCAACCAUCAUAGAAUAUAGAAACAUUAUAGAGAAUUUACGAGGGGAUAAAAACACACUGACUCAUAAGUUACAGCACUUGCAACAGGAACUUAUCAUAAAUGGGAUCCAGUUGAAUAUUAGUGGAGAGUGUAAUAGAAUCAUCUGUGAAGAAGAAAAAUCUUUACAUUGUGAACUCGUUCUUGCUCAGUCUGCAGAGCACGAAGAAGUUUCUGAAGUUGAAACCCUCCUGGAUAGCUCUCUACAGUGGAUAAUUGAUCCAGAAAUUACUGUGACAGAAAAGUGGGAGAAUAAGCUUACUGAAUUCAAAUUUAUAAUGGACGAGAAACUAAAUCUUUGCAUAUUAAUGCUGAACAGCUUGGGAAACCACAAAGAAUCUCUUGAUAAAGAAUUUGUCAAAUUAAUAGAGAUUUUGAAGAGAUUCAGGCUGGAAUAUUUUUAUUUCAGAAAAGAAUUUCUUUCCAGGCAGAAACAGCCAGAAGCCCUUGAACAAGUGCAAGAAGAUGCUGUCAACCAGGAAGCUGUCAUUAGGAAGAAGGUCCAAGGAACCAGCCAAUGGCUGAAGGACAGAGAGGAGCAGGUUGAGGAUCUAGAUCCGGCAGGCCACUCAGCCGGUGACAAAGCGAAGUCUUUGCUGCAUGAAUUAGAGGAAGCAAUCUCGGAACAACGGAAUCUCUGGACUAUAAAUACUGAGUUAGUGAACACUUGCCAGACGCUUGAGCAGAAGACGAGAAAAUUGAAAAAGACCACUGAGUCACUGAGAAAGAAGUUGAUUAAAGGACGCCUCCAAGGCUUGCUCUUUCAGAGCUGUUUAGAUGAGGAAUUUCCUCACUGUGAUCCCUUGUCCUGCACAGAUGGAAUUCAACAACCAUUUCAAGAACAACUGAGGCAGUGUUGUCAUAAACAAUAUAGUGGUCAAGAAGCAAGGAUACAUCAGACGCUCCUGACCUUCCAACAUACGUGCCGGUACACACCUCUGCUGGAUGCCCUGCAUCUAGAGAGUCUCACAGCAAUUCCAAGACUGGAAUUGACACCUUCCUCACGUGUAGCCAAACGAAUCCCAGUUUCAUGUGAAAGGCCCAACUAUGGAGAAGUAGAGAAUGGCGCUUUGGAUGUGACUAGAAGACGCAAGUGCCCAGGCCCUAAAGUUGGCCCCCACCCAGGAACAGAUCUCUCAGGUUGCACCAGGAUGAGUGAUGACCUAAGGAUGGAAGAGAAUGGUGUUGACCACUUGUGUUCUGAGAGCCUGCCACAGUCCAGGGAAUGUUCCACACUGUCAUCUCCUGGACACACUUUGUCCACAGAGAGUACUGUAACUUCAAGUGAUUCUGGGUCAGAAAUUUUGAAUAUGGCUUCUGGUGACCUUGACUGUAAAUCACUCUGUGAGAAACAGGAAGAUAGAAGAUCAGGUUCUGCUAUGAUAAAGAUCACAGGCAAAAGUCCAGCUCCUGAGAAUAUUACACUCCAAGGCUCUGUGAGCGAGGACAAAACCAUGUUAAAUCUGGAAGCAAAAGAGGAACCAGAAACAAUAGAUGAGAAUAGAAAAAAAUGUGCUUCAGGAGACACUGCUGUUUCCUCCCUUCCUGUAACCACUGUGAAAUCUGUGAACUUUAGACAAAGUGACAACACUUCUGCUAAUGAGAAGGAAGUGGAGGCUGAGUUUCUCAGAUUAUCUUUGGGAUUUAAGUGUGACUGGUUCACCUUGGAGAAGAGAGUGAAGCUUGAAGAAAGAUCACGAGACCUGGCAGAAGAAAAUUUGAAGAAAGAAAUCAGUAACUGUUUAAAGCUGUUAGAGUCUUUAACACCACUUUGUGAAGAUGACAACCAUGCCCAGGAAAUUGUUAAGAAGCUGGAGAAGAGUAUAACAUUUCUUAGUCAGUGCACUGCACGAGUGGCCAGUAAGGCUGAGAUGCUGGGAGCCAUUAAUCAGGAGAGCCGGGUUAGUAAAGCAGUUGAAGUGAUGAUUCAGCAUGUAGAGAACCUGAAGAGAAUGUAUGCCAAAGAGCAUGCUGAAUUAGAAGAACUGAAACAGGUUCUUCUGCAAAAUGAAAGGUCUUUUAACCCUCUUGAAGAUGAAGAUGACUGCCAAAUUAAAAAGCGUUCAUCUUCCCUAAACUCCAAGCCAUCUUCUCUCCGAAGGGUGACCAUUGCCUCUUUGCCCAGAAAUAUUGGAAAUGCAGGAAUGGUGGCUGGGAUGGAAAAUGACCGAUUCAGUAGGAGGUCAAGCAGCUGGCGUAUUUUGGGGUCAAAGCAGAGUGAACACCGUCCCUCAUUACAUCGAUUUAUUAGCACCUAUUCCUGGGCAGAUGCUGAAGAAGAAAAAUGUGAACUAAAAACUAAAGAUGACUCAGAACCACCUGGAGAAGAAAUAGUAGAAAGGACAAGAAAGCCCAGUCUUUCUGAAAAGAGAAAUAAUCCAUCAAAAUGGGAUGGCUCUUCAAUUUAUGACACAGUAGCUUCCUGGGCAACAAAUCUCAAGACUUCCUUCAGAAAGGCGAAUAAGGCACUCUGGCUUUCUGUUGCAUUCAUUGUACUGUUUGCAGCUUUGAUGAGCUUCCUCACAGGAAGAUUUUUCCAGAAGGCUGUGGAUGCUGCUCCCACACCAGAUGGGGACUCCUGGAUGUCUCUAGAGCAAAUCUUGUGGCCAUUUACCAGACUCCAACACAAUGGACCACCACCAGUGUGACUAGAGCACAUCUUACUGUGUGUGUCUUGAUGUUUAAAGUUUCAGUAUCUGAACUUCGUAAAUUAGUCAUUUUUAGCUGGGAUAUUAUAGCGUUGAACCAGAGGGUCUCAGAAGAACUGUAAGAUAUUUUACAUUCCCUCUUUCUGUGAUUUCCUCUCCGACUGAAAUACAGUGGGGAGGAAGCCUGCCUAUGAUUUUUAAUGAGCUUUUUGAGGAGGAGAGAUUAUAUAUUGUUAAAAUUUAUUGCAAUAAAGAACCAUUCAAAUCUUCAUAGAGUAAAAAGUGAAAGUCUCAGUAGGCCAACUAUUCAUAGGAAAAAAACCCUACUUUUUAAAAAAUGAGCAUUUUAUACUCAAAUUUUAUUAGAUUUUAAUAACAUCUUGAAAUAUAUUCACUCAUUACAUUUUAUUGAAGAAAUACCUGACUUUGCUCCAAGUUGCUUGAUUCUUCAUAUUCCAUAAAAUUUAUCAGUGGGGAUUAAGAAUAGCUGAGUAAUCUAGUUGAGAGUAGCAUAUAGCACACGGAGUCAAUAAACUGGCAGCUGGCGCUCCUAAUUUUUUCCAUUGCUUUUUUGGAAGCAAAAUCCUCAACCAUGUGAUACAAAGUAGAAUGAAACUCAGUUUCUUCUUUAAGGGCUUCAGAGAAUGUCUCACUGUUUUCAUUGAUCUUGAGCCUUUGUGCUCUGUCACCACUAAACAUUAAAAGUGUCCAAUUAGGUUUCUGAAUAGGUUCUUCAGUAAGGUGUUCCAUCAGCUAAAGAAAAAGAAAAUUAGAGAAAUCCAUUAAUCGUUCUGUUAGGUAUUUUGGCAGAGUAUAAUUUGAACUCAGUCCCCAAAAUGGCUAAUGUAAAAGAAACAUUCUUUAGUGUCAUUUCUUAAACCAUGUUUGUAUGGAGCUUAUCAUCAAAAGGUAUUCAUUCAACAGAGAUUUAUUGAGUAGCUACAUAUGCCAGGAAAUGUUCUAGGUGCUGGGGAUAUAACAACAAAGAACAUAUUAAUAACAAUUGCAACAAUAAAAUCCUAUCCUCAAGGAGCUUAUAUUCGAGUGGGAGAAACACACAGUACACAAGUAAAUAUGGUGGCUCACUUAUGCUAAACCAUUCAUCAGCUUUUAGAAUUUGAUAUCUUUUUUAUCAGGCAGUAGUAAAUGAGCCAGAAAGUUAAACUGGAGGCCUAUCUCUGAGGAAAAAGUUUGUGAAUCAUAGAUAUAUUCACAUUAAAAGCUUCCAUCUGUUCUCAUGUUGAUAUAAAAAGCUAUAAGGGCACUAGCCUGAAGUCAAGAGCGUUUGAUACCAUAAUGGACAAUGAAGGCAUAACCUUUAUAUAGUUUAGUUUGGUUUUAUAUUUUUGGCAAAAUAAAAGUGAAGUUUUAAAACUA